UUUACAUUCUGUGUGAGCUUUGAAGUAUGUGGUGGACAUAAACAAAGUUUGCUUUCGAGGUUCAUGCAAUGUCCAGGGUUGAUGGUAGGUAAUCGCACAUGCACCAGGCUGAGUUCCAACAUUGUUUGUCUUCUUGUCCUAAUAUUCCCUAAUCAUUUGCACAAUGUGUCAGGCCUCACCAAAAUAUUAAAUCGAGGUACUUGUAUCCAUGUGGCUUUUUGACCCAAAUAGGAACAAACGCAAAAGAAAAGGUUCAUCACAAAGAACGACUUUUAUCUUACCUGUGCUAGCUCAACAGGGCAUAAAAAAUUUCGGAUUCUCCAAUACUUUUCAACAUAUGAAAUAUCGUUGUUUCUGUCCUUAUUCUUCCAGAAACUGCAAGGAGUGUAUUAUAAGCCUGACAUAACAUCAAACAUCCUCUUCUCUUGGCAUUGCGUACGACAGAGGAGGCAGGAGUAUGGGUGCUCACAGAAACAGCCCAAAAGAGUCUCCAAAGGUGGACAGAGAAGGCAGGAGUAUGGGUGCCCACAGAAACAGCCCAAAAGAGUCUCCGAAGCAGAACUCGACUACUCUCAGAUUUCUUCUUGAUCUUGAUUCCAAGUAUGACUCCGGCAGGACACCACGUAGCAAAUCAAUAAAUGAGGGGAUUCUUUCGCUGAUUUUUUACUGUACUUACACCUACACGUUCACUGAUCCUUCGGAAUCUCCUUCACAACAAAAUCUGAAGCGGGACAAACUUUUGGAGCUGCUUUCCACCAUAAAGUCUCUGAAGAAACCACUGCCUGAUGAAAUUCUAUCACCCCUUUUCACCAUGAUAUCAACUAACCUUUUCCGGCCCCUUUCCCUGCCCAGCACCUCAAUUGUCAGUGUACUGCCUGAUGAUGACGACCUUGUAGUCACACCUACAACUGCUUGGCCCCAUCUCCACAUAGUUUAUGACAUUCUACUCCUGUUGGUUAUGGACCUGGAAGCUAAGGCACUUAGUGAGUACAUUGAUGAUCGCUUUAUUCUCGGUUUGCUCACCCUUUUCCAGUCUGAAGAUCCAAGGGAACGAGAUAGCUUGAAAAACGUGUACCACAAAGUAUAUUCCAAGCUCCAUCCCUCAAGAUCGUUCAUGAGGAAAGCUAUGAGUGAUGUAUUCUUGCACUAUAUUUUUGAGACAGAACAAAAACACUGUGGGAUUGGAGAUCUAUUGGAGAUCUGGGGUACAAUCAUCAAUGGUUUUAGUGUCCCGAUAAAGGAAGAGCACAAGCUUUUCUUGAUGAGGGUUCUUAUUCCCUUGCACAAGCCAAAAGGUAUGCAGGCGUACCACAGGCAGUUGGCUUACUGCAUUUACCAAUUUGUGGAAAAGGAGCCAAUGCUUGGGGUGGUGGUGGUUAGAGGUAUUUUGAGACAUUGGCCGAUCACCAAUUGCCAGAAGGAGGUUUUGCUCAUAGGGGAGCUGGAAGAAUUAGUAGAGAGUAUGGCACCCGAACAAUGCAAGAUUCUUGCACUGCCUUUGUGUAGACAAAUAACGAAGUGUGUGAACAGUUGGAAUUCACAGGUUGCAGAGCGUGCUCUCUACGUCUGGAAUAAUGAGCGUUUUGUGAAGAUGGCAUCACAAGAGAUAGAUGAUGUGUUUCCAAUAAUAGUUGAAGGAAUGGAGAAAAAUCUGAAAGGGCACUGGAGCAGAAGCGUCCGCCAACUUACAGAAAAUGUGAAAGAAAUGUUGGAAGAAAUGGAACCAAUCCUUUACUUCAAGUGCCUAUCGCAGCUUCAUCAUCGUGAGUCUGCAACUAACGAAGAGGAGAUGAGACGGAAAGGGAGGUGGGAAGGAGUAGAAAUGGCAGCAAAAAUGAACCUAUCCAUCCAAGAAUCAUAGUGCUCAUGUGUUUCCAGCAAAAAGCCACAAGUGAAAGAGGUGCAACUAAUUUGAAAAUAGCAAAGUACGUAUUCGAGACCCCAAAUUGCAGAGGCAUCACUAUCAGGAACUAUUGUGGUUUUCCAGAAGGAAGAAUUUGUAACAAAUGCUGUUUCUUGCAAAAGUAGCAGACAAAAGCGAAAAAGAAAUGCUAUUAUAUGAGUUCCAGACAAGUUGAGGAUUCAAAUUGCUUGUAAACAGAUAGUGUCCCUCUACCUAUGCAAGUGUAAAAAGCCUAUACCAUGCACGCCUUACAGUUCGUUUGUGUGUGUGUGUGCUCGGUGUUAUAAUGUUCAUUUGAGUAGCUACCUCCUCGUGAAAAUAGAAAUGCGUCUAGUCUUGUUAAGUCUCGUCUAUGAUGUUUAAACCAAGUCACUUUUGCAUCUGAGCAGCCCGUCUCAGGG